CAUGCAGAAAAGGGACUGCCUGGGUUUGGAUGCUGAGCUGCAGGCAACGACUGCCCCCUAAGGGAGGUCACAGGUAAGUGACUGCAAUUACCUUGGUUGAUACUGAAUGAGUAAAUUUAUUUUUUUAUUAUUUACUUAUUUAUUUAUAGAUGUGCGUUUGAGACAGGGUCUUAUGUAGUCCAUGCUGACCUCGAACUCAAACCUUAUUGUAGCCAAGGAGGACCUUGAACUUCUGACCCUCCUGUCUCCACCACCUAGAGUAGCAGGUGUGUAUGCCAGCACACCCAGUUUACAGGGUGCUUAAGAUCAAAUCUAGAGUUCCUGUCAGCACUCUGACAAUCAAAGGCACAAAAAAUGGAUCUCUUCUUCCCUUUGUCCCACAAACAUCCAGUCAGUUGCCGCUUUUGCUCUUUCUGGAGGUUCAGCUCCAUUCUCAGGUUCACGCUCCAGGCUAGUGGUCCAGGCUGACCGCCGCGGCAGCGGGUGCCAUCAGGACCCGGCAGGCACAAUUUGAACAGAGACUCCCUUGGGCUCCAUCGCCUGGGACCCGCGCAACUGGGUGAGCUGAGCGCGUCAGGCAGCCAGGUGGUACGCACGCCCGCGGGUGACGGUCCCCUGCCCGCGCGACUCCCACCCCUCCAGGAAGGGGCGGGGAGUAGGAGGCGCUAAAGGCGGCCACCACACUCCCCGAGCUCUUUAAAAACCGAGAGCCGGGGACAACUCUGCUGGCCGCGCUGCAUCCUGUGGCGCCCUGAGUUGCCGCGUGUCCAGUCGGCUAUCCUGCAGCGCGGUCCCGGGACGCGCCCAUGCGUCCACCAACCAUGUCUGGGCACUUUCUGCUGGCUCCCAUUCCCGAAUCCUCCUCCGACUACCUCCUGCCCAAGGACAUCAAACUGGCGGUGCUAGGCGCGGGUCGUGUAGGCAAAAGCGCAAUGAUUGUGCGCUUCUUGACAAAGAGAUUCAUCGGCGACUACGAACCCAACACAGGCAAACUGUAUUCAAGACUCGUCUAUGUGGAGGGGGACCAGCUAUCUCUGCAGAUCCAGGACACUCCGGGGGGUAUCCAGGCCCAAGACAACCUCAGUCAAACGGUGGAUUCCCUGUCCAAGUGCGUGCAGUGGGCCGAGGGCUUUCUGCUGGUCUAUUCCAUCACAGACUAUGAGAGCUACCAGUCCAUUCGGCCCCUUUACCAGAAUAUCCGGAAGGUCCACCCUGAUGGGAAAGCCCCUGUCAUCAUUGUGGGCAACAAAGCAGACCUUUUGCAUGCCCGGCAGGUGCAGACACAGGACGGUCUUCAGCUAGCCAAUGAGCUAGGCAGUCUCUUCCUUGAAAUUUCCACUAGUGAAAACUACGAAGAUGUCUGUGACGUGUUUCAACAUCUCUGCAAAGAAGUGAGCAAGCUGCACAGCCUCAGUGGGGAGCGGAGGAGGGCCUCCAUCAUCCCCCGGCCUCGCUCCCCCAACAUGCAGGACUUGAAGAGGCGCUUCAGGCAGGCCCUGUCCUCCAAAGUAAAAGCCCCCUCUGCUCUGGGUUGAGCCAUCUCAGAUAGACUGGUGACUUUUAUUAUUAUUAUUACUAUUAAGCAUUUGUGCAGCCACAAAGACUGGGCCUUUCCCCUUUAAAACAUAUUGAGAGUUUAUUUUUAUAAUAUUUUAUUGGCUUUCAAGUGUAUGUGUAUUUCUGAAAAUUCAAACAAUGAUUGACUAGAAGUUGGAUUUUUUUUUUUUUACUGUAACUGUUAGCCACUUUUCCAUUAAAGGCAAAAUGGCAGUACGA